AUGCCUCCCAAGAAGAGUGCCGACCAGGAUGGCUCCCCCAUCGGCCUCACUGAUGGUGAGCUCCGAUUCAUCAAGGCGAUCUUCGACAAUAUGACGCAAAAGCCUGACGCCGAUUGGGAUGCUGUUGCCAACACUGUCAGCCUGAAGGAUGCCAAGUGCGCCAAAGAGCGCUUCCGUCAGAUGUCCGUCCGUCAUGGCUGGCGUAGCGAUGGCGCUGGAGCUGGUCCCAGUCCCCGCAAGUCCUCUGCCUCGACCUCUAGCCCGAGAAAGUCUCCUGCUGCUGUGAGAAAGCCCAGAAAGACCAACGCUACUCGCAGCCCCUCCAAGAAGUCUGCUAAGAAGGUCAAUGAGGAUGACGAGGAAAUCAAGGAGGAAGCUCAGUCGGAGGAGAAGAAGGAGAUCAAAGCUGAGGCUGAGGACGAUGACACCAACUAA